CCGGCCCGCCUGCAGCCCGCGCCCGACUUGGGCGCCCCCUCCGUCCCAUUCUGGGAGCGAUGCCCCCCGCCCCUCGCGCCCCCCGGGAACGCCGCGAGCAUGGAGAAGUCGAGUAGCGAGGAUUCUUCGAUCCACCGGAGUCCAUCUUUGGACAGCAAGGACUCGGACUUUGCCAAGCCGUCCACCUCCGGCCGCCCAUUCGGACGCGGCUUCACGGCCGGCGCCUUCUACGGCACGGCGGGCUCCCGGGGCCAGAGCCGCGCCGAGGCCGGCGUUAAGACUGACAAGUACAAUGCACCCAAAGGCAGCAAGUAUGUGGUGUUUUACCUGGACCUGUCCUUUGUGUUCCUCCUAGAAUUUAAGAAGUGCAACAUGGCCAGGGGCUGCCUCUGCUGCUUGAAGUACAUGAUGUUCCUCUUCAAUUUGAUAUUCUGGCUCUGUGGCUGUGGGCUGCUUGGAGUAGGCAUCUGGCUCUCCGUGUCCCAAGGCAACUUUGCCACCUUCUCCCCCAGCUUCCCCUCGCUGUCUGCGGCCAACCUGGUCAUCGCCGUAGGCACCACUGUCAUGGUGACGGGCUUCCUCGGCUGCCUGGGGGCCAUCAAGGAAAGCAAGUGCCUCCUCCUCAGCUUUUUCAUCGUCCUGUUGGUCAUCCUUCUAGCAGAGCUGAUCUUACUCAUCCUCUUCUUUGUCUACAUGGACAAGGUGAACGAGAAUGCCAAGAAGGACCUGACGGAAGGCCUGCUGCUGUACCACAACGAGAACAAUGUGGGGCUGAAGAACGCCUGGAACAUCAUUCAGGCCGAGAUGCAAUGCUGCGGUGUCACGGACUACACUGACUGGUACCCAGUGCUGGGGGAGAACACGGUCCCUGACCGCUGCUGCAUGGAGAACUCCCAGGGCUGUGGGCGCAAUGCCACCACUCCUGUGUGGAGAACGGGCUGCUAUGAGAAGGUGAAGAUGUGGUUCUAUGACAAUAAGCACGUGCUGGGCACGGUGGGGAUGUGCAUCCUCAUCAUGCAGAUCCUGGGCAUGGCCUUCUCCAUGACCCUCUUCCAGCACAUCCACCGGACUGGUAAGAAGUACGACGCAUGAGCGGGCUGGCCGGGAGUGCCCGCCCCACCCCGCUGCCCUGUGGAGGGAAGAGGAUUGAGCUUUGUGUCGCCUGCCUGCACUCUCCAGAUGUGACCCCUGCACCCACCCACCCCAGCCUGCCCCACCCCACCUACUCGAGUGCCAGGGAGGAGGAGGCACACGGAGACCUGGGGCUUGGGGCACCUGGAUUCCUGCAUCUGCAUAUGCGUAUUUGCCAAAGACGACAGGGUGGGCUGGGGUGCACUCAGGAGGAUCCCUCCCCAGCACUGAUGGGCUUCUGCCCCUGCCCUUCCUCACACUGACACUUUGUCCCCACAUGGGGUGGGGAGCAGAGUGCCCCCCCCUGCCAUGGAGAUACUGUCCCAGCAGGGGCCGCUGCGUCUGUGGUCACCAUGGGGCACUUGGCGGGGUGGGGUCUGCCGGCCUCUGGCCAAGGCCCCUGGAGCAUCUUGCCCAGGCUUUUUAUACCUUACAAUGUAACUUUUUUAUUUUAUUUUACUCUACGAUUAUUCAGGAAUAUUAUCUCUCAGAUAAGUUUAGGGUUAGAUUUCUGAUUUGUAACUUUUUACUGUGUUGAUUUCUUUAAUGGUUUGAUUUUUUUUCCCUGAGGGUGAGGGAUGGGUGGGAAGAGAGGACAUCUGUCCAGUCUCAAUCAGGACAGACCACCGUGUGACACCCAGGAGGCUCACGGAUGGGGCGUGCCAGCGCCCUCAGAACGCAUGGGAAGGGGGUGUGUGGACAGGAUGCAGUACCUCACCAGGCUUGGUGUCCGAGGACGGGAGCCUGGAAGAGGCGGGUGGAGCAUGAAGCAGGCAUUUGCUCACUGAGCGAGCCAGGAAGGCCAGGGCAGGGGGUCCCAUGGCGCCAGGGAAACACUUAGCCAGGAAGGUGGCAGAGCUAGCGGGGUCCUUAGACUUUUCACUGAUGAGCAGUUGUUGGUGUUUUCUUUCUUCCUUCCUCCGGCUCUCUGCUGGCACAGGAGGCUUCCCCUUCCACCCCAUGUGGGUGUUCCCACAACAGGUUCUGCACACCCCAGUUAUUUCACAGACAUUCCUGCUAGAAACUCUCAGACAAAUACCUCUCUAGUUCAGAUGCUGCUCACUUUCUCCCUUGCUUCUGGAAGGGAAGCGGUCCUUAGGUUUUGCUGUGCUGGGCAGUGGCAGGGGACCCAUGGGGGUGGGGUUGGCGCCCACAGUCAUCCCCACCAGCUUUGCUCAGCUGCGGGUUGCCCUGCUGGGAAGGAGGGAAUCACGUCCACCUAGGUCCCAAGGUCUCCGCCUCCUUCCCUGGGCCCACUGACAUUAGCAGUGAUGAUCACAUCCUCUGUGAUCCCAAGGAGAAGAAAUACAGAAAACCCAAGUGAGGUCAGACUGGCUCUUGUUACCGGAGCCACAGGAAGAAAGCAGCUGGAGUCACGGCAUGUGCAGAGCUGGGCGUGGGAGAUGAACAGGCUGGGGAGUGAGGCAGGGAGUGGUAUUCAGCUGCAGCAGCGCACCCCCUUGAAACUGCAGCUGCUCUGGUUUACUGCUUUGCAGUUCAAAAAGAUGGAGAAUCCGUGGGACUGAGCAUGGGGACCUUCCCCACUAGCCAGCAUGUGUCGCACUUUAUCAGGUGGGGCCUUGGUGGGCGGCUGCCUUUCCGAUACAGUUUGUCUCCCCGCCUGAUUUCCCAUGGGGCCAGGUCUCUUCUCCAGCCUCCACCUGCCUGUCUGCUCCAAGAGCUGAGACACGGCCACCCAGCACCAGUCACUUCUCUGUUCACCUUAGGUAACACACACAUUGGGACCACGAGGAGAGAACUGUUGGCAUAAUCAGGAUUCGCGUUUUGCGAGGGUGGGAGUAGAGAGCAGGGUGGCCUUGCAAGUCAUGAGGGGUAAAGACCGCUUCCCUGAGACGGGGCAAGGGUGCUGACGGAACACGGGGAGGCCCACAUUCGAGCCAAGCUGCCCUUUCCUUGUCUUCUGGCCUGGCUUCUUGGUGAGGAGCUUCAGCUGCCUCCCCGGGAACCCCCAAAGUGCGGAUUGCGGAGAGACACUAAGCACACAAGUGUUCCAGUUGCGCGGUGGGACCCGGGGCCUCGUGUUUUUUUUGCUGUGGGUGGGGUGGGUGGGUCUGUUUAUGCCUAUCAAUGCAAUUUUUAAUUUUUGUUCAUAUCAACAGCAGAAGCCUAGUGCACUGGGAGAUGUGCAACCUCUCUGAAAAUCUUUUGUUUCCGGAGUGCUUCAGGGGUGGCCUCUGGCCCCACAGCCUUUGCCCCAGUGCUCCCACCAGCCCCCACCUCUUCUGUUUGCAGAGCCUCGUCUACAGGUCCCCACGCUGCCCUCUAUACUCACUCUGUGCUUGGCUGUUUUAUUAUUUGGCAAAGUCUACAUUGGGCGGAAAUCUCUGUGCACAGAGCAGGUGUUCCUCCAAGCCCCUUCUACUCGGAGGGCCACACCUAGCGAUGCCAGGGAAGGUGGCACAGCCUCUCUCCAGUUUCUCCUGACUGAUCUCACUGGGGCAGAAUUCCCCUGAGAGAAUUCCCUCACCCUGGGCUUCCUUUGCCAUAGUUAGUUCAAUCGGGUCUGAACUGAGCAAUUUACAGACUUGUCUCAGAAAGUCCCUCAGGGUUGGUAGAGGACUGCAGGGGAGCGUCCGCUGCAGACUCAGCCUUUCUCUGCAGCCAUCUUGCAGCAAAGAUGAGCAGGCACAGGCUGAGAACUGCCCUUGGGUGGCGGCAGCAGGUGUCAGGGUGCAAGUCUCCCCCUGUACCCCUCCCCCAGCUUGAGCCGUGUCACCUCCUCUCCCUCCAGCGUGGGCCUGCAUCUCGGGCUCUCUGGAAGGACAGCCCUGCCCCAGACCCUCUUGCAGUUGUCCUGUUUGACUUGGAACUAGGUGGCCAGGCUUUGGUGGCCAAAGAGCAGUCCAGGUAUAUGGAAGUGGCUGUCCCCUCCUCUCCAGCCCCUGCCCACCCACUGGUGGAGGUGCUAACUAGCAGGGACGUGGCAUAGGAUGGGAGCUGGACGGGAGGUGCUCGGGGUCCAUUUUUUGUCCCUCAGCUUCUCAGAAUCUGGCCUGCUGGCCCCUAUGUUCCCGUGCCCCCCACUGUCCUCCCCACUGCAGUAAGGCAAUAGUCCAGGGUGAGGCCUGGCCUCCCCGCCUUGACUGGGCACUCAGGAGGUUAGGCCUGGGGCUUCCUGCCCACUCCUUGCCCACCUGCCUGCCCCUGGGUGGCACGGGAGAGUGGGGCAAGCACGCUUGUUGGUUUCAGAUGCACUUUCUGCUUGCAAUGCCAUAUCUGCGUUCCUUCAUCCUGGUCCUGGCUUUAUGGAACACCAUGUUUUUAGCAUGUUUUUAAAUAACCAAUAAAGUGUCAAAAGCACA